UCCUUAACUCCUCAACCUCCUUAACCACACAGCACACCAGGAAACACAAGUAUCGUUAGUGUAUUUUCAAUCAUGGCUUCCACAUCUUCUCUAGCGUCUUUCAGCUCCUCCUCUUCUCCUUUCAUUGGCUCAAAGUUCUCGACCAAUCAGCCUCAUUCGCUUCCAUUUCGUGCCAGCUUCCGCCCCUUCAGUGUCUCUGCCUCCUGCGCUUCCACCGCCGAGCGACCACCAUCCCGCAAUGCCACGCAAAUAUCUCUCUACGAAGUUCUCGGGAUUCAAAUGGGUGCCACUUGCCAGGAAAUCAAGGCUGCUUACAGAAAGCUAGCAAGAACAUUGCAUCCUGAUGUUGCAGCUAACGUUCAAAAGGAAGACACAGCUUAUGAGUUCAUUAAAGUACACGAAGCUUAUGAAACUCUGUCGGACCCUGACAAACGUGCAGAUUAUGACCGUUCGCUUUUUAGACCUGGAAGGCAAAUGAGCUCUCCGUUUGUAAUGUCUGCAGCAACAAUGGAAACAAAUGUUGUAGCUGCUGGAUUUCCUGCCUACACUAGGCGAAGAUGGGAAACUGAUCAGUGCUGGUAGCUGCAAAAUUGUUUACUGGGCUGGAUUUAACCCUGAAUUAUAGAUACCCUAAUCAGUUUCAGCUGAUACAGAGGUGAUGAUUCCAACUGGGGAUGGAUUCAAGUAGCCACGAUCGGACCUCAAUCUUGUAAUCAUGUAAAUAGUUGCCUUUUUUACGGCCUGCAACCAUAGAUUCUUAUCUGCACAUGCUUUUGAUAUUCAUGCAUCAAAUAUUUCAGGGCCUCCUUUUCAGAUA